GCACUGCUCACUGCUCCAGGUGUCUCUGGUGCGUUUCCUUGUUGUAUCAGCUCCCUUUCGCAGCACCAGCUCAGUCAUGAGUGAUGCUGGAGAGCUGCUGCUGGGCGGCCAUGGGCCCUCAGCUUCUCAUGGACAUUCUGCUGGGCUGGCAACAACUGGGGCAGGAGCUGGGCGGAUGUGUGCCCCGCAGGGAGAUCCCUGCUACCUUCAUCAGCACCCCCUCCUGAGAGGCCAGGAGAGGUAACACUGCACACCCCAGGAGGGUACAAAAGGAGGCUGGGAGGGAGCAGCAGGGUCAGCAGGUUCGGAGGCAGCCAGAGGCGAAGGAGAGAGCAGCAUCCCAGUGCCAGCAGCAUGACCAUCUUCUGCAGCCACUGCCACAGGCCGCUGCAGGCAGAGACGAGCUGCCUGCCCAGGAGGGGCAAGCAGGUGCCCAGCGCCUCCAAGCCAUUCAGGUCAACCAAGAGCGCCUCCAAGGCCCGCCGGGACCAGAUCAACAUGGAGCUGCAGGCGCUGCGCUCCCUGCUGCCCAUCUCCGCACGGGAGAAGGAGCGGCUCUCCUACCUCCACACAAUGGCCCUGGUGUGCCUCCAGCUGCGGGGGGCUCAGCUCUUCCCUCCAGGUACCCACAGCACCGCUGCACCCCACAUAAGCUUGGCUCUGCGUGAGGCACUGCUCCUGCUCCACUGCAACAGCGCUUCACGCUGUGAUCCAUUCCCUGCAGACCCCCCUCCUCCUGCAGGACCAGCCCUCGGCACAGAGCUGCUCUCCCUGCUCCCAGGGUUCCUGCUGGUGCUCUCAGCCGAUGGCAAGCUGGUCUAUGUCUCAGAGAACGUGGCUCAGGUCCUGGGCCUCUCCAUGGUGGAGCUGCUUGCCCAGGGGGACACGGUCUUUGACAUCCUAGACCAGCAAGCCCAUGAGGAUGUGCGCAAGAAGCUCCUCCUCGCCCAGGAGGAGCCGGGCAGGGAAGUCACGUUUGUGUGUGAGAUGCGCACGUCCAAGGCCUUUCAGCUGCAACACGGGGGGAACCGGGCCGUGGCGGUGCACGGGCGCUUCACAGCCUUGCGCUGGCCGCCCUCCCGCUCCACUGCAGCCUUCCUGGCCCUCUGCACCCCGGUGAGGCGGCUGCCUGCGGACGCUGGCUCCCAGGAUGAGCUGUUCCAGAGCACACACAGCCUAGACAUGACGUUCAUUGAUGCCACAGAGAGGUGA